AUGUCCAAGAAGGAGAAGCUCAAACCAAAGCAGGGAAACCUUUUUAUAAAUUUCAGACUAUAUCUGUCCCAAGCCAGUUGCAACAUUAAGCUUAGGCUGCCCACACCAGAUCCGUAUCAUUCGAGCCUUGGUGCCAAUCAGGGUAUUUUUUUACGUCUUCUACUCAAGGUCACGUUCAUUACGCUCUGUCUGUCCCCGGCCAUGGUCGUCAUCUGGGGUCUGGAUCUCCAUGAGAUUCACUAUAGCAAGUUCAAGAGCUCCUACAUGUUCAGUCGCGCGUACCAUCUCCGAUGUACCAAAAUGAUCGUCUACCAACUCGCCAUGAUUCUCUGUGUUUGUUCGGAGUCGGUCGGAACUGCUGCCCUUUCUGCUACAUUCUUUAUUGAUUGCCUGGACAACCGACGCAUGCUAAGAUGCUCUGCCACUCCACUAGAUUAUCUCGAUCAGCAAAGUAUGCUGCAAGGCCAGCACCCAGGCGUCAAAAUCCACAAUAAUGAUUUUAUUGGCGGGUUUUCCUACAAUAUCUUUGUCGGAAUCUGUGUCGCAUGGGUAUUCGGAGCCGCUUUCUUCUUCGACCUUUUCUGGCCCGAACGGCAUGAGAGCCGGGCCGUUCGACUAGCAUGGAGAAUAUGUGCGGUGAUCAUUACGUUCAUGAUGCUGGGCUCUGCUCUGACCAUUUCGGUAAUCACUGCGAUGCACGAAGCAGAAAUCACUGGAACGGAUGUUGCAUUGGCACGGGAAUAUUGGAGCGAGACCGCCAAGAAGCCCGCUUUGAGUAAAGGCUUACCUUCCUCCUCUGCCCACAAACAUGAUGAUCAUUUCGGGCCUAAGUCAGAAUACGGCCAAAGUAAAGAGAGCGACAAAGUUGCAUCAGAGCAGGAGGAGAGUCCAGACAUCGAGCAGAAACAGACCUGGCAGAUCAAGUAA